AUGUCUGAAACAGAGAAUAAAGAAGUUGUCGAAAACACUCAAGUUGAGCAACCUGUCGAAAGUACUACUGAUACUACAGUUGCUGAUCAAGAUGCUAAAAUCGAAAAGGCUUUACAAGAUCCAACUAAGAAGCGUAAAGCCGAAGAUGAAAUCGAGAUCGAUAUCAAUAGUUCGAUUCCAUUAUCUAAAAAACAGAAGCGUAUGUUGAGAAGAGGUAAGAUUACAUUAGAAGAAUUGAAUGCUAAGUAUAAUAUUGAUGCAUCAUCUAUCUCUGAAUUUGAAAAGGAACAAAAAGAAGCUAAAGAACAAAAGAAGUUGAAGAAGAGUCAAGGUGAAGAAGGGGGAGAAGAAGAAGAUGGUGAUGAUGAUUCUGAGAAGAAGAUGAAACCAAAGAAGGAAGCAUUUGGUGUAUGGAUUGGUAACUUAUCCUUUGAUACAACAAGGGAGGACUUAAUUAGAUUCAUUACAGUUAAGACUAAAAGUAAUGAGGAUGAAGCUAGUAAAGUUGAAGAAAAGGAUAUUAUUAGAGUGAAGUUACCAUUAGCUUCUAAUGAAGGUAAACAAAUCAAAAAUAAAGGUUUUUGUUAUAUGGAUUUUGAUUCUGAAGCAAAGAUGCUUGCAGUUGUAAAAUUAUCAGAAAAUCAAUUAAAUGGUAGAAACCUUUUAAUUAAAAACUCCAAAAGUUUUGAAGGUAGACCAGAUAAAGAGGAUUUAGUUGCAUCUUCAAAAAAUCCACCAUCAAGAAUCUUAUUUGUUGGUAAUUUAUCCUUCGAUACAACAGAAGAACAAUUAAAGCAUCAUUUCCAACAUUGUGGUGAUAUUACCAAGAUACGUAUGGCUACAUUUCAAGACAGUGGUAAAUGUAAAGGUUUUGCAUUUGUUGAUUUUAAAGAUGAAGCUAGUGCUACAAAGGCUUUAAAGGAUAAGACAUGUAGAAAAUUGGCAUUAAGACCAAUUAGAAUGGAAUAUGGUGAAGAUAGAAGUAAGAGACAAGUUAGAAAGAGACCAGAUCAAUUACAAAAUGGACCAAGAGAUAAGAAACCAUUUGAUAUUCCACAUGAACAAAAUCCAAUUAGAAAAUCUCAAGAUUUCAAACCAAAGGAUAAGCCAGUCUACAAGAAGAAAUCUAACUAUAACUCUAAGAUGGGUAACAAUAACCGUCUAAAAAGUAGUAUAGCAUUAUCUUCUGCACAAAGAGGUUCUGCAGCCAUUGUUCCAUCUCAAGGGAAGAAGAUGAAGUUCGACUAG